UUGUCAGAGAAUUCAUAUAGCUUCUGACUCAAUUCAAAGCAUUUUGUUGCGUCGACUCUGAUACACACAUACUCUUUUGUAACAUUUUCGGCCCAAAAAUCUGAAAGCCAAAAAACCUAAAAAAAAACUAAAAUUUGUACAAAAAGAACAAAAUACACGAAAAAAAUUCUGCACAAAAUUUCAUACGAGUCGCAAGAAUCUCAGGAGUGAGCAAGCAAUCCCAUUUGGCCUUCGUAACGAACCCCAGACACCGCUAUGACGUCCGCCCUGGUGCUGCUGAUCGCCAGCGUGCUGCACUUCGGCCUGCGCGGCAGCUGCUUCCUGAGCAUCGAACGGUUCCCGGUGGUGCCGGGCACCGUCUACGCCGGACACAUCGCCUACUGCGCCAUCUUGCACUUCCUGCACGACAUGGAGAUCCUGCCGAGCCGCUAUCGCCACCGCAUGGGAUGGCUGGCCGCCUUCCUGGUCGAACUGGUGCUGGGCGUGGCCGUGAUGGAGGUCCUGGCCCUGUGGCUCUGGUGCAGUGUGGAGCACAUCGCCCACAUGACCAUUCAGUUCGUGCUGCGGCGGUAUGGUGGCAUGUCCAUCGAGUUCUACCAGCAGUGGGAGGCGGCCAUCAUGGGCGGGGUCAUGACCUCGCUGGCGGCGCUGCUCUGGCUGAACGCCUACGAUGCCACGGAGCCCUCGGGCGCUGCAGGUAAUGCUGCUCCAGCCGCAUCCCCGACCCCGUCACCGAGGUCGAAGGGCACUGCCGCUGCCGCUUCUUCCGUUGCUGUCACUGCGGCCGCCGCCGCCACACUCAAGGCCAAACCAAAGAAGCGUCCCCAGGCCAAGGAGGAGCAGCGCCGCUCCAUGGAGCACGAGCAAGAACUGGAGCAGGAGGAGGUUGAAACAAAGGACCCGGAUGAGAACGUCCAGGAUCCGUGGGAUCUGGAGGAGCUGAAGGACCCGGAGGCCUCGCAAGAUGACGAGGAGGAACUGGAACUGGUGCAGGAACAAGAGGCGGAGCACCAGGACCUCGACCAGAAUGGGGCGGUGAAGCUUCACGGGCCGGAGCUGCGAGUCUUCAAGGAUCCGGAGCUGCAGACCGAGUUCGAACACGGCUCCACCACUGAGUGCUAGUCGUAGCCCGACCAUCCUGGCUGUCCUGCGACCGUCCUGACCCCCAGAUCCUGUCCCCUCCAGACUUAAAAUGACCAAACAAAAAAAAAAAAAACAAAAAAAAAAAAAAUCAACUAGCAAAUAGUUCCAGUACCAUCACCGGCAAAUGUAUUUAUUCCAGCCAGAUGGACUCCAAAAGGCUCUAAGGACCAUGGCAAAAGGAUGUUCGAAGAGAGCGAGAGAGAGAGAAGCGGGAAGAGGGCGAGUGGGGCUGGUGUGGGGGCGGAAAAUGAUGGACUGCAGUAAAAUGUCUAUGAAAAUUGA